AUGCCGAUGGGUCAACCACAAUUGAGUGUAGCAUGUGUCCGAGAGAAGAGAUGGCGAAUCCACGCCAGCAAAAUGCAUAGACAAAGUGAUAAGUUUAUCUUCGAACUUCAGUAUACUGAUAUGAAUAAGAGAAGUUUUUGCCAGAAAUGCGGCCACUUCAUUGAUAUGCCGCAUGUCAGCUCUGACGACGAAAUUACAGCCACGAUGAAGCUCCAUUUUUUGGAACGAUGCCCAAAGGCCACAAAGGCUGUUAUUAAUGACAGAGCUAUUAAACGACGAAGGCUUGAAUUUAUGGAUAGAAACGAAGUAGCCCAGCAUUAUUACAUUCCUGGUUAG